GCAUUCCCGCAGGAAGGCUCCCGCCGUCUGCGUGGGCCUGGGCGCGGCGCGGGCCGGGCGUACGCAGAGCGCGCCGGCGCGGUUGCCGUGGCAGCGCCGGCGGAGAGGACGGCGACCGGCUGGCUGAGGCGGCGGCUGGGCCACCGAGAGCCUGCGGCCGGCCGGAGGCGGCGCCGGGCAGGCCUGAGCGGCGGCGCGCGGCGCCCGGCCCGCGGGGAUGCGGGACCGGCUGCCGGACUUGACGGCGUGUAGAAAAAAUGAUGAUGGAGACCCGACUGUUGUUGUUGAAAAGGACCAUUUUAUGGAUGAUUUCUUCCAUCAGGUUGAGGAGAUCAGAAACAGUAUAGCUAAAAUAGCUCAGUAUGUUGAAGAAGUAAAGAAAAACCACAGCAUCAUUCUUUCUGCACCAAACCCAGAAGGAAAAAUAAAAGAAGAACUUGAAGAUCUGAACAAAGAAAUCAAGAAAACUGCUAAUAAAAUUCGGACCAAGUUAAAAUCUAUUGAACAAAGUUUUGAUCAGGAUGAGAGUGGGGACCGAACGUCAGUGGAUCUUCGGAUACGAAGAACCCAGCAUUCAGUGCUAUCUCGAAAGUUUGUGGAAGUUAUGACAGAGUAUAAUGAAGCACAGACUCUAUUUCGGGAGCGAAGCAAAGGCCGGAUACAGCGUCAGCUAGAAAUAACUGGAAAAACUACCACUGAUGAUGAACUAGAAGAGAUGCUGGAAAGUGGGAAUCCCUCUAUUUUCACGUCAGACAUUAUCUCAGAUUCACAGAUUACUAGACAGGCUCUCAAUGAAAUUGAGUCACGUCAUAAAGACAUUAUGAAGCUGGAGACCAGCAUCCGAGAGCUGCAUGAGAUGUUCAUGGACAUGGCCAUGUUUGUUGAGACUCAGGGUGAAAUGAUCAACAACAUAGAAAAAAACGUUAUGAAUGCCACAGACUAUGUAGAACAUGCUAAAGAAGAAACGAAAAAAGCUAUUAAAUAUCAAAGCAAAGCAAGAAGGAAAAAGUGGAUAAUUGUUGCCGUGUCACUGGUUCUGGUGGCUGUGAUUGCGCUAAUUAUUGGUUUAUCAGUUGGCAAAUGAUGCGGUGGAUUACGUCAGCGUGCAUGCCUCUCUGCCGGCGCGGCAAAAAUGAUGUUCAUUAUUAUUUGCGUAGUUAUUUUGCUUGUGAUCCUUGGAAUUAUCCUAGCAACAACAUUGUCAUAGCAACCAUGUCCCAAGAGCCGUUGAUCCUUGGAGUCAGACCACACCUGCAGCAAAUGAGCCUCCUCCCAUUUCAUGAAUGAAUCCUAGACAUUGUGACACGUGGCAUUGAGUGCUGACUUUUUAUUAGUGAAUUCAAGGAGAAAACGCAACAGAAUGUAUUGUUUGGUGAGAAAAGCAGAAUGGAUGUGAUGAGUUAACCCAAACAUCCUUGGAUUCUGCAUAACACACCACAAAAAAUUAACAACGUGAAACUGCUUUCAGUGGCCUUAGAAUAAGGAAUUAUUGAAAUUUUCAAUUUUUUUUAUAUUUCAGUGUUAAAAAUGUAUGUGAGGUUUAAUUAGGAAUGUCUUAUGUUAUGAAGCUAUUAGAUGUGAGGUCUAAGACUUUCUUCCCUCUCCCAGCUAACAUGCUGAUUGAGAUGUUUUUGUACUGUGUUUAAUUUGUGUUUGUUUAUGUUUGCAAAAAUUAUUUUUAUUAUCACAGAGCUGUUUUGUAAGAUAUCUAUAAUUUUAAAUGUUUAUAAAUUGUUUAAUAUAUUAACAUCUUAAUUUACUCCAAUUUUAUAUAUUAACUAUUGCCUUUUAAAAGAAAUAGGAAGGUUCAUGAUAUUAGAGCCAUUUUUGCACAGUUGUUUACAGAGUCUGCCAUCAGCCUAGAAGACAUUGGUUGCAAGGUUCCCCAAAAAGCCUUUCUAGUGCCUUCUGUUAAAAUUGAUUUAUAAGGUUUAAAUGCACCCAGCACCCUGCGGGAAAAGCUCGAUUAUUGUACUCAGCUCCAUUUCUAGCUGUUUCAUUACCCAAGAUAAUAAAUUAGUUACUGCACUGUAAAGACAGUGGUCUCUUCUUUUAUCCAUAAGGUUUGUGAUUCCCUGUUUACACUAAUAAAGUCUCAAUUUAAGAUGGUGAUAAAACCAAAUUUUAAACUCAAGGGGAUUAUUCCCAGACAUUAAGUAAUUCUUUUAAAUUUCAACCGUUGUACAGAUCACCUAAAUGUUCUUGUUCAGUACCUACUCUUCUGCUGAACUUUAAAAGUUAAUUCCCAAAGUUUACAGGAAUCUAUGAUAAUUAACAUUUUUAUUACUCAUUAUUUUUAGUAUAAUAUGCUUUAUUUUUAGACUGUAAAAUGUAUGAAAUCUUACUAGUGAAUGGACAUGUAUAAGAUAGCAUCUCGUCAAAAUUUUAAAUGAAUAUGUGAAGGAUACUCAAAAUGUAGUUAACUCUUGUUACUUCUGUAUGUGAUUGUGUAAGCACAUGACUGUAUUUUAACAUUGGCUUGAAAACUAAUAUAGAUACGCUUGAUUGCAAACUGUAAGUGUGAAUUAUAUCGGACCGUUUAGAAACUGUGUUCCUUAUUCAGUACAAUUAUGAAUUUCACUCAUUCAUACUUUAUACAUCUAACUGCUUAGCUUAGGCUUAAGUCUGUAUUUAUGCAUUUUAUUUACUUGCUGGUCAUCACUGUGUAGUCAGAAUUCCUAUAGGAGUAUCCUGGCUCUAGCAUAUAUAUUUCUUAAAUCUUUAAAAAGCCUGUCAGUGGGACAUGCUCCCUGAUUUGUGCUUAAGUUGAAGGUGUGACCUGUCCUGAAGGAUAUUUAAAUAUCUAGAGCUCGUGCUUGUAUUAAUGUAACUUUUGUACAUCCAAACAUUUGUCUGUAUGAUUAUGUCCCUGUGCGGAGGAACUUUGUGCUCCCCCCGUGUCCCACUUUUCCCUUCAAGUUAAGUCUUUUUCGUCCCCACCUCUCAUAAUAAUUCUUACUGUAUUUUUUCAAGACAUUCUGGAUUUGAAGUACUUACUGAAUCUGUGUUUUAUAGUUGAAGAUAUGGAAGUGCUUUUUGAUUUGUACUUAGGUGUUUAAGUCAUCCAUCAGGUAACACAUUUUGUAUGUCUAAGCCUCAUGUACCUAUUUGAAAUCAGAUUUUUAAAAAUACAUAUACAGGUUCACUUGUUACUUUUUAUCAUUUCUUCAAAUAUUUCAUGUUUACAUUAAAAAAAAAUCUCAGAGAACCAAAAAAGAAAUAUUUACUUUCUGCCUUGUGUUCAUUUCUGAAAAGAUUUUUGGGGAGAUAUUUUAUUGCAUAUCCAUUAAUAAAUUGUUCUACUAUGA